AUGGCCGGCCAGAAGAGAACCAGAAGCGGCGAACCCAAACCUCACAGCAACCCCAAAGAAGCACCCACAAUCUCCACCCCGCCGUGUGGGCAAGCGCAACCACACUCCAGCAAAACCACCACGACAGAGAACCCAGUCCCCCGGGACGUGCCUGAGAAGAAGCCCCGCACAAAAGCAACCAGCAAGAACACGUACGUCCCACACAUCCACGGCCCCCUCAAACGCCCCCGCCUACCAGACAACGCAACAAUCUCCAAACGCCCGCUCCUGCACCCAGCGAUACCGACGCCCUUCUCGUCCGCCGCGAACCCAAAAGUACUGUACAUCACCGCCUCAUCCCCCUUCAUACCGACGUGCAAGCGCGUGCGCUCUCUACUGGUGCAGAUCAGCAAGCGCGAAGCCCAGUCCGCGGCUUCUGCAUCGCGGAGUCGAGGCGGAGCAGGGAAACCCCGAAACGGCGGCCUGGAAGCGAACGGACGGCUUGAGGCCAAAGAUGUCGAGGCGUCGAUAGCGGGUGCUGCCAAGGACAAGGGUCGGGGGCACAACGCGGGAGGAGAGGAAGUCUUCCUGAAGGCUACUGGCCGCGCGAUACCACGGGCGUUGGAGCUGGGCGUCAAGUUUCAGGGAGAGGGGGAUUGUAGAGUGAGGGUUGAGUUGGGGAGUGUGAAGGCCAUUGACGAUGUGGAGGUCAACGAGGGCGCAGAAGUAGACCAAAAGGGCACAGCUGGAGGUGAAGGAGAAGAAGAAGAGGAGGAAGAGGAAGAGGUCCCGGAAACAAGAAUACGAACACUGAGUACGGUAACAGUGUGUAUCGGGCUGAAGUAG